UCAGAUAGUUGAAAGGGAAUUUAGUUGGGUUUCUUGGUCGGGGGGUCCUUCAACCCAACUGAUCCUAGAACACAGGGGUUUUUGUAUCUUUUGGGAAGUCAUGGCUCGCACUAAAGGUGUGCAGGGGCCGUUUUUACUGAUUUUGUUGGAGAUAACCAUCAUCUGCACGGCACAGAGGAAUGGAGGGGGCCCUGCCGGCCCUCCAGGUGUGCCUGGAAUAGACGGCAUUGAUGGGGACAGAGGGGACCCUGGAGAUGAAGGAUCUACUGGUCCUGAUGGAGAUCCUGGUAAACCUGGUUCUGCUGGACUUCCUGGAUCACCUGGAGCUGAUGGACUGACUGGCCCCAUAGGAGAACUGGGCCCUGACGGCCUCCCAGGACAGAAGGGUGAACCCGGAAAACCUGGACUCAGAGGAGAGGCCGGUGUUGGACCUGAUGGACCUAUUGGACCACCAGGACCAGGAGGACUUCCGGGUGAGCUGGGAAAAGUGGGACCCCCUGGAGCCAUGGGUGUAAGAGGGCCACAGGGACCCCGUGGACCAACAGGGCCCCGUGGCGCUGCGGGGAUGCUGGGUGGAACUAUGGAACUGUGUCCUAAUGCAUGCCCACCUGGUGCACCUGGCCAUCCCGGAUUGCCUGGCAUGAAGGGUCACAAAGGAGUGAAAGGAGAUUUUGGAGAGCCUGGUAAACAAGGACACAAGGGUGAGGAGGGAGAUCAGGGGGGCUCUGGAGAGGUCGGAGCUCAAGGCCCAACUGGACCACAGGGAAUUCGAGGUGCCACUGGAAUGUUGGGCUCCAAAGGAGAACUUGGACCUCGAGGAGUUGAUGGGGACCCGGGCCCUCAGGGGGUUGCAGGAGCUAUGGGGGAUCGAGGCCAGAGGGGCAUACAGGGAGAAUCUGGCCCUAGAGGUGAACAGGGACCUCAAGGGCAGAGAGGCAUCACUGGUCUUCCAGGCCCAAAAGGAGAUAGUGGUUUGCCAGGUGUGGAUGGACGUGAAGGAAUCCCUGGCAUGCCAGGCACUAAGGGAAGCACUGGAAAGGCUGGAGCCCUUGGGGAAGUUGGCCUUCAAGGACUUCCUGGGUUACCAGGAAGCCCAGGGGCAAAAGGUGCAUUUGGAGAAAAGGGUAAUUCUGGACAACCAGGCCUCAUUGGCACAAUGGGAUCUGCAGGCAGACAGGGCGACCGGGGAGAACAAGGAGAGGUUGGACCCAUUGGGCCAAUUGGACAACCUGGAGACAGAGGAGAGCAGGGGCUAUCCGGACCAAUGGGAAAACCAGGAGCUAGAGGUCCUAAAGGUGACUUGGGUUUGCCUGGGCUUCCUGGAUCACCAGGCCUGCCAGGAGAAAAAGGAGAGAGGGGUGAAGGAGGUGAACCUGGACCAAAGGGAGAACAGGGAGAUCAAGGUGCAGAGGGAACACCAGGAGACAAGGGAGAUGUUGGUGACUCUGGAGAAGCUGGAGCUAAAGGCGAAGUUGGUAACCAGGGAGAGCCAGGUAAGAGAGGCCCAGAAGGUGCCCGUGGGCAGCCUGGCAUUGAGGGGCCUCCUGGUAGUCCUGGACCACGUGGAAUGCAAGGGGAUAGAGGGGCACCUGGACCACGUGGCACACAAGGGCCAGCGGGUAAAGAACCAAGGGAUCAACACAUCAGACAAGUGUGCAUGCGUGUGAUGCAAGAGCAGCUGGCCCAGUUGGCUGCCAGUCUGAGGAGACCCGAGUCUGGUGCGGCCGGACUGCCCGGUAGGCCUGGUCUCCCUGGUCCUCCGGGACCCCCAGGUGACAACGGCUUUUCUGGGCAAGCUGGAGCAAGAGGACUCCCCGGACUCAAAGGGCCUUCAGGACUUAUGGGUGUCAAAGGGCCAAAAGGUGAGAUGGGAGACAGAGGGGACAGAGGACCUACAGUUCGAGGACCCAAAGGCAUGCCGGGACCUCCUGGCCUACCAGGUGAACCAGGAAAACCUGGAUAUGGUCAAGAUGGCCGUGAUGGUGAGCGGGGUCCACCUGGUGUCCCGGGACAGGUGGGUGUUCCUGGGCCUCCUGGUCGAGCCGGCCCCCCUGGUUACUGCGAUCCUUCAGCCUGUAAUCUCAGUGCAGGGGCCGCUCAUCAGUCCCUUAAAGACUCUAGCAUGAAGGGACCAGGUGGCAACUAAAGCCACAAUGUUGGGACAUCAGAAACCGUUGGAUUCAGAGAGACUAAGGGAUUCUGCGAGAAUCACAUUCCAAUACAUUCCCAUCGCCUUCGCAGACAUAUUUACAGUUGUACCAAUACACCUUAAAGGGUUGAGUGUGUUUUUGUGCCAGUGCUACAUUUGUAAUACUUAAAACAUUUUUCCAACAUUUUUCCAACAUUUUGUCUAGUAAACGGCAACAUUAUUCAAGCAUAAGACCUGUUCUGGAUACCUGUUUUUUUUUUCCCCCCUUAUCUGUUGAUGAAAAUGUGGUUUAUUUUUUCACAGAAUGUUUUUGCAACUUAUUGUAAAAUUCACAGGGUGCUUGUUUUCCCUGAAAGCCAUUUCCUGUAGACUUUUCUUAUAUAUAUAUAUAUAUAUAUAUAUAUAUAAAUAGAAGACAGUAAUAUAUGUUUUUUAUCUUCUCUGGGAAUGCAACGAAUGAUGGCUCUCAGACCAUGAGGCUUUUAUACAUUUCUAGGUUGCUAAUACUGUGUGCCAAAGAUAAAUUUGCCAAAAAUGUUCAUGGUGUUUGCUGUUUAUACGGAAAUGACUGCGAGGGACCUACUCUCAGAAAAAAGGAGAGAGGAUAUACAUGUAACAUAUUCACUAGAAAAAUGCAUAUAUGUCAUUUCAUGGUAUUUGUAUUUAUUUUACAUAGAUGUUUAAUGAAGAUGACAUUAAAGUUUGUACAGAGAUCCAAGGGAAACAUGUUUGAAUAAAUUGUAAUGUUUUUAUAUGAACUCAAAAUAAACGUAGGUCUCCAACAUUCAUAAAA